AUGCAGCGUAUCGCUAUUUUUUAUUCCAGUUAUCCAGAAGAUUAUAAGGAGUUGCUGUCAUUAGAGUGUGACGAAGUCUUGUUGGGUAUUUUACUAUUUAUUGGCCUUCUUACACGUAUCGUGCCUUUCUCUUUCUUUCACCUACUUGCAUUCCCAGAGUUUGACAGCACAAACUGUACAAAGAAAACCUUUAUAAGAAUACUUUGUAUCCUUGGGGACCAGACAAAAUUAUUUCGUACCGUCCUUACUCUACACGAAGAUAUAAUCAGAAUUAAACAAGGGGAGACGAUUAACCUGUUCACUACCAAGCGCAAAGAGGCCCAGUAUUUUGAUCAUGAAAAAACAAGCUUAUCCAUGAUAGAAGUAAAUGCAUUUGAGAAUCAAAAGAAAUCUGCGAUCACCCGAUUGAAACAGGAUUGGGAAGAGACUAGAGGUGCGCACGGAGUGGGACUACGCAGUGAAAAACGCUAUUGA